AUGCUUUUCUUUUUGGUUAUCACCAUUUGUCUUGCAAAGUUAGAGAUUCAUGUCUUUGAUGUUGGACAAGCUGACUCUCAACUAAUAUUAUUUCCAAGUGGUUAUUCUGUACUAAUUGAUCUUGGGGAAAAUCUUAAAGACUAUGAACCAACUAAUGUUAAUUACGUAGCAUCUAAGUUAGAAAAACUUUUACCUUCCAAACAUCUAGAUGUUGUUGUAUUAACCCAUCUUCAUGUGGACCAUUAUGGAUAUUAUGGGCACAAUGGACUGUGGUAUCUUUUUGAAGAACUUGGAUUUACUGCUGGAAAAUAUAUUGAAAGAGAUUUUGGUUUAUAUAACGGUUCUUCAAGGGCUAAUUGCACAGCAGAAACAUUCCAAUUUAAUAAUGUUGGAGAGUAUUCAGGUUCAAUGUUAAAAUGGGGUUGUUAUUCAUCUAGUCUUAUUGACAAAACUAAUGUAAGUUCAAUUAGGGAAGUGGCUAAGUUAUGUUCACAUAAACAAAUUAAUCCACCAGACUCUGACACCCAAGUUGAAAUUUUUAUAAGAGAUGCUUUAGGUGUUCUUCAGAAAGAUAAUACAACUGUUAGUGGAAAUCAUAAAGGAGAAAUUCCUGCACCAAGUGAAAAUGAUUAUUCAAUUGGUAUCAGAAUCCAAUUUGGUAAUUUUGUAUAUGUAACUAGUGGAGAUUUAGAUGGUAGCUAUUCAAGAAGUUUUGAUAACUCUAUCAAUGAUGUUGAAAAUGCAGUCAAAGACAUUGUUGGGUCCGUCGAUGUUAUGCACGCUAAUCACCAUGGGUCUCAAACAUCAAAUACUGCUGGUUGGCUUAGUACUUUAACUCCGACUGUGUCAGUAGUUUCUUGUGGUGAAUCAAAUACUUAUAACCUUCCAAAUCCUACUUCAAUUAAUCGAAUGGCUGAGGUAAGCGAAGACAUCUUUGCAACUGAAAGGUGUAAUGAUAAAGUUAACAACACUAAGUACUAUGAGAUGAACGGAGAUAUAAUCAUAUCAGUAGACGAACAAUCAUCAACUAGAUUUACAAUUUCUAAUCCUUUAAAAACUUAUGAAAAAAGCUAUGAAAUCAAAACAAAUAAACCUGAAAGAAGACAAUGCGUUGGAGAAGAAGAUGUUGAUGAAAAUUCUUCAAACAAAGUUGCUACUCUGUUUUUAUUUUUGGUUGUUAUUCUAAUCAUUUAA